AAGCAUUACUGGAGUUUACUGGGUGUUUUGACAGGAUGUUGUAGGGCUGAUAAGGGUUUUAUCAGCGGUCUGGCUGUUGACAUGUGUUGAUAAGAUACUCUGAAGUGAGGCCAUGCAGCAAAAACCAAACGCAGGCGGACUUUGGGUGCAUUUUUAAUACAAACAGGAGUUAGUAAAGUCUGGUUUUAUUUCAGCCUUUGUUCAGAGUAUAUCUAUAAAACGUACACAAAGCAGACUGCGCAUGCGUGACAGGUCCCCCGUGUCUGCCGGUUGAACUUCAGCACCUGAGCCGAGCUGCUCGCGGGGAUGACGGAGCUCUGCUCUCAUUGUCGCCGCGGGGAGCUCCUGUGGACCAUGUGCCGCUCCGGAGGGAGCUGACAACCCGACGGGGGUCGCGUGCACAGUUUCCAGUGCGCGUUCUCACCUGUGUAAAUGGAGGAGAGGCACACGUGCACAGAUAAAUCUGUCUUAGACAUGACCAACCCGAAGCCCAAAGCAGAGAGCCAGAGCGAUGAGGCCGAGGACCCGGACGGAGGAUGGGGCUGGGUGCUGGUCGGCGCCCUGUUUGUCAGCACGAGCCUCGUGUUCGGCCUGAUGCGCAGCUUGGGGAUCUUCUUUGUGGAGUUCGUGCAGUACUUCGACGAGAGCGCUCACGCCAUCUCCUGGAUCUCGUCCACGGGCCUGGCAGCACAGCAGUUCUUCAGCCCGCUGGGUGCAGCACUCUGUAAUGCAUAUAAUGCCCGGGUGGUGGUGAUGACGGGAGGCUUACUUGCCGGACUCGGUCUCAUACUUGCCUCGCAGGCCACCCGUCUUUAUCACCUUUACCUCACUAUGGGUGUCAUUUCAGGUUUGGGCUGGGGGCUGGUGUUCACUCCGAUGGUAGCUACAGUCAUGGCUCACUUCACUCGGCGGCGCACCCUGGCGUUGGGACUGGCGUUCUCCAGCAUUGGCCUCUCCUCCUUCGCUUUCAACCCGCUCUUUCAGCUGCUGGUGGAGAAGUACGCCUGGCGAGGGGCCCUUCUGAUUCUGGGGGGUCUCAGCCUUAACAUUGUGCCGUGCGGAGCUCUCAUCCGUCCACGGCGACGCUCUAAAGCCCCAGCAAAGGUGGAUUCAGAGACAGGGUCAUCACCUGUUUCGGUGCUGCGCCGAAUCUCCUCCUACCUGGAGCUGUCGCUGCUCUCCGAGAGGCCUUAUGUCACCUACACCCUGGGCAUCACUCUUCUUAAUGUCGGCUACUUCGUGCCGUAUUUCCACCUGGUGGCCCACAGCCGCCAUGCUGGCUUCUCAGAGUACCAAUCCGCUUUUGUCAUGUCAGCUGCCGGUGCUUCGGACAUUUUGGGCCGCAUAGUGUCCGGCUGGUUCUCGGACCUCGGCCACUUCCGGCUGAUUCAUUUACUGAGCGCGUGGACGACCCUGGCGGGAGUGUUCAUCAUGCUGCUGCCUCUCAGCUCCUUGUCUGGUUCCUACUCCGCGCUGAUGGUGAUCAGCCUCCUCUACGGCUUCUGCUCGGGGGCGCUGACCUCUGUGGUGUUUGUGGUGGUGCCCUUGAUCGUCGGCGUGGAGCGCAUGAUGGGGGCCCUCGGGCUGCUGCAGCUGAUCGAGAGCGGCGCGGGACUGCUGGGCACGCCUCUGUCAGGGUUUCUCAAGGACGUCACAGGAAACUACGUUGCCUCCUUCAUAGUGGCGGGCAGUUUCCUCAUUCUCGGUACUCUGACCAUGGCCACUCUGCCGCACUAUUUCUCCUGCACAGAUCCACCGCCGCCUCCUCAGAGAAGCUCGCUCGACGACAAGCAUAAUGGUUUACAUUCAGAGCUGGAGCACAUGACUAGUUCGCCUAGUUCUGACACGAAUCACAGAGUUUAAAAGCUCAAGAGCCUUUUUUAAUACACGGCCGAUAGACACCGUCAGUUAACGGGCUGCUGCACAUGUUUGUGUUAUACCUCAAAAGAUUCAGACCCAAAGUGAAGAAAGAAGCUUACUGUGAAAACACGAAGGGGCCAGUGAGUUCUCACUCUCUUACACAUCAUCACCUCAGUUUAAUAUUUAGGCACGGCACCGUCUGCCUGAAAGGAAAAACACUGAGCAUUCACUGCGACGUAUGCACAGUGCAUGAAAGGAGUUUUAUGUUUUUAUCGUUGUCACACGUGCCAUGAAGUUUGACUAAGUUUAAGGAAACUAUUUUUAUUGUUUGUGUGUGAAUGUAUGAAUGAUAUUUGAAAUUUGCGUGAUUCGUGAAUGAAAGUUUAUAAGAUUCGUGAUUGAAUCUUCACCUCUUAAGGAGGCGCAGGCGACGUGGCACAGUGAAUACAGCUGAUCAGCAUGACUGGAUUCAUUCACCGUUAGACCCCUGUCCCUCCUGCUGUCUGUGCUGUUAGGUACAUACUACAGCCACACGUGACCGCGUUAUUUAUUUAUUCACAGACAGCAAUAUGUGCUUUUUGUGUCCGGUAGUUUAUGGUGAUUAAAUCACUUAAAAAUGAACUAGAUUUAGAUUUACGGCCCGUAGCAUGGCUGCUAAUAUCUGUGCAUAUUCCAAAAAUUAAAACUAAUUAAAUUAUCAUUUGACUUUACACUACUGUGUAGAUUUAUGAAUGAAACAAACUCUCGAUGAUUGGCUGCUCACUGAUAACACUGAUCUAUUACAAGCUUUAAAACAAGCUGCAGACACCAGCACUGUUUUUUUUUUUUUCCAGCAACUCUCUCAGCCUCAGGACUUUCUCUUACACACACAGUGCUUUAUGCUGCUGCACUGGAAUACAAGUGCAUUUACUGAUCGUACAAUCAUUGUUUGUAUAAGCCGUAAACCAAGACUGUGAAUCAGACAUGUUUGGCUUUGAGGAGAGCUGAAUGAACGCCAGGUUCAGGUCACUGUGACCCGCUGGUCAUGGCAGACUUAUUUCACGUGACUUAUAUUGUCUUUAUCAUACUGGCAGCUGCUGUUAGUGAUUGUUGAAGGGUGGAAAAUGUUAGUGUGUGUGUGUGUGAUUCAAACCUGUAACACUUAAGUCUAAAACAUCCAGGCUGCAAACUGACAUGUUAUAUCUUAAAAUGUGACAUUUUGUACUAAAUCUUUAUUAAAAAAACAAUGUA